GACUUCAUAUCUGGGAAGGGGCUUGGCCUCGUCAUCAACCUAUUCGGAAAUCCUGGAACAGGUAUAGCUUAUGCUAUAGAUAGUUGUCCCGCUCUGAUUGAUAUACAGCCGCUCUACGUUGUUGGUGCUGCCGAUCUGGGGACGUCAGCAGAAGGGGUAGACAGUAGCCUCACCACUGUAUUCAAGAUGUCCGCGGCAUGGGGAGCGGUUGUACUGAUUGACGAAGCAGACGUGUUUCUCGAAGAGCGCUCGCUGCAGUUCCUAGAGCGGAAUGCAAUGGUUGCCGUCUUCCUGAGACAGCUUGAAUACUUCCGGGGCAUUCUCUUCCUCACGACCAAUCGCGUGCGGGUCUUCGACGAAGCAUUUCAAUCUCGGAUACAUGUCUCCCUUCGCUACCAAGAUCUCGCCCCGGAUGCACGACGCCAGAUCUGGGUGGCGUUCAUGCGCAAAGUGAAUGGAGACACGCCUAACGGAGGUCUUUCGAAGGCAGAUCUACGUGACCUGGGAGAGAAGAAGGUAAACGGUCGUCAAAUCAAGAACGUUGUCAAAACUGCAGCUUCGCUUGCUGUCGGGCGACAAGAGCCGUUUGGAUAUAAGCAUCUCAUCCAGGUCCUCGAACUGAUGGAGCAGUUC